AUGCCAAAACUUAAAAGAAAAAUCAAAUUAUUAAAUAUUGAAGCUUUCAAUAAUGAUAAUGAUGUAGAGAAUUUAGGUGUUGAGGAAUUAUCAAAUAAUGUGGUUGAAGGAGAUUCAAUUGAUGAUGAAGUUAAUCAUGAAAAGGAAAAUUACUCAAGCUUAGCUAUAAACAAAAUUGAAUUAAAAUUAAGUGCAGAAAAUUGUCUCCAGGAUAUAGAUUUAAGAAAUAAAGGGUAUGCAAAAAUUGAAGCCAGUGAAAUAGUUUCUGAUCUUAUGAAGAAAGGCAAGUGGUUUUCAAGAUGUAUAAGAAGCUGGUCAAAGACUUUUUUAGAAUAUGGUGAUGUUCCUAAAUAUAGACGUGGGCAACAUUUAAUUGGAAGCAGUAUAUUAGAUG